AAUGCGGGUGUUGGGAUGUAAGGAGCAAUGGCGACGGUCGAGCUACCGUGGAGGAAGUAAUGGAGCUCGGUUUGACCAAAAAGAAGCUUCUCGGGUGCCUGACGCGACAUUUACUCAUUUAGUCACGUGAGACGUGUUGAUGUAUUUAAUCUUAAAUACAACAUGGCGAUGCAGUAAUGUUAAUGUUUGGUUUCUUCAAUGAGCUCGUAACGAGGGCAACGCCCUGAAGUAGCGGUUGGCACGUCUGCCACACAGUUCUUUGGUUCAGGGUUCGAAUCUCAUUGUCAUGUUCUUCCCGUGCCUGCGUGGGGUCUGUCCGGGUGCUCCGACUUCCUCCUGCUUUCUCAAAACAUGCAUCUAGGUUCAUUGAAGCCUAAAUUGUCCAUAGGUGCGCAUGCUUGUUUGUCUAUAUGUGUCCUGUGAUUGGCCCAAAAAAAUAAAAUUGAAAUAUUAUGUCAAGUAAAGUCUGUAUAUGGAACAUAUUCGCGGUUUGGCAUUGGCAAAAGUCACAUUGUCUGAUGUAUUGAUUUAGUUCGUUUUCGGGGGGCGUGGGCUGUCCUUCGUUAUUUGCUGAAAAUCGCAGCUAUUCGCCGAUUAUUCGCUAAACUAUUGAGCCCCACGUGAAGGUGGUUUGUGUUGAAAAAUGUAUUGAAUGUGUUUAUGUAACGUGUUCAUAAUUGUGUACGUGCUAGAUGCAUGGCGUUGGUACCCUAUGAUCCUCUCCAUUUUAAGUGCUUUGCCAGCAUCUUUUGCCAUCGAUGCACAAUUACAAACCCCUUAUAUGGGCCGCGGCAUCACUUAUUCGCAGAUUUUCGCUAUUCCACUGCCGAUGUAAAGUGAAGGCCACUUGACGAGGAAUAGUUCAGCAAACUGUGAAGCCCGGAUAGGGAUCGGGCCCUGCUGCCAAUAGCGAAAAUCCACAAGUACUUGGCUUCAAAAUGAAUCCAAACACCUCCCUCUUGACCAAUCAGAAAAUGGAGGGCGCGUCCCUACCGAUCGUCCCGUCACUGUCUGCCGCUCCGCUUGCCGCCAAACAGAGAGACGUUCGCACCAAGGCGGCGGGGUGCGCCGUGACCCCGGCCUUCCUCUCCAAUCUGGGGAGGGCCACCCUGCGCGGCAUACGCAAGUGUCCAAGCUGUGGCACCUACAACGGCACCCGGGGGCUCAGCUGCAAGAACAAGAUGUGCGGGAUAUCGCUCCGGAACGCCUCCUCGGGUGCCGGGGCGGGCCGGAAGGGCAGCGUGGAGGUGGUCCGAGUGAUCAUCGACAGCGAGGAGCCCGACAGGAAGGAGCCGGACGACGACGACGACGACGCCGACGACGACGGAGGUGGCGGCGUUCAGGUGUUUUCCGUCUGUCACCGAGGACGAGGAGCCGCCCAGCUGGGCUUUGUGGAGCUGGCCCCCACCGACGCCACCAUCUCCACAGGCGAGCGGGACCCCCUGUUCUCUCAGAUCAACAUGGGCCGCUGCUUCAUGCCGGCCUGCGGGCAGGGUUCCAGGCCCGACCGGUCUGAGCCCAGCGCACCCGACACACUCUGCGUCCACAUCAAGUCCGCCAUCGAGUGCCGUCGCUCGGCCGCCCCUCUCAGCGUCAAGAGCUCCAUGCUGGAGGGGCUGACAGUCUCCAUGUGGGCCAAAGAGGAGCUGUGGAGCCUGGCCACCGAGUCCCCGGGGCCCUUGGUGCAGAGGGUGUCCGGGGACACGCUGGUGGUCAAGUGCCGCCCGGAUUCCGCGCACCCCCUGGGCCUCCUGCACCUGACCGCCGGUGGCAGCAGGGGAACGUCCGAUGUGGCGAAAGGCGGCGGGAGGGCCCGGGAGGCGGUCGCGACACAGCGGCGGGCGGCGUUUCGCUGCGCCUGCCGCCCGCGGAAGGCCGAGGCGCUGUGUGCUAACGGCGACUCGGACCCUUCGCACCCCUGCCUGCACUUCUACGCCUGCGUGUGCGCUUUCGCCAGCGAUGAGAAACUAGCGUUGGAGUUUGCAGACUUUAUCAACUCAGCGACAAGUGGCGUUCUACCAACCCCAACCGGCAGAGUCCUCGUUCCUUGCGAUAGGCCUGCUCCGCUGCCCACGGAACCGGUCAGAUCCCUUCACAAAGCCAAGAAACCGCGCCUGGAUGAAGCUCUUGCGGGUACUAGUGGCGGUCAAGUGGCAGACGAGGCCUCCGUGUCCAUGGGUUUCCGUCAGUGGCUUGCCGGCGUCACCGAGCGGAUCCAGCAGACCAUGCACUACCAAUUUGACGGAAAACCCGAGCCUCUGGUGUACCAUAUUCCGCAGCACUUCUUCAACGCCCUGCAGCAUCGCCUGUCGCUAGGUUCCAAGAGGCGGCUGCCCGACUUCACCACAGUGCUGGUAGGAAAUGACGGCAUCCCUCAGGGCUCCUUCUCCAAAUACAUAUGGCAUAUCACCAACCUCGCGCAGGUCAAACGCAUUUUUGACACACCCGAGUUGCAGCUGGAGCUCACUCAGAGUUUCGUCCGGAACGUGGACGGUUCCUACUCCCGCUUUAACCCUCCCCAACCUCUGCCCGAAUCCGAGCCACCAGACGCGAUCAGGACGGAUCGGACGCUAGCCAUUCGCCCCAUGGAGCUCCGGACGUUUCUCAAAGUUGGGCCCGGCUCGGACGACCCGGACGACCCCGGCCCCUUGGUCAUCGAGUGGCGCCCCGACGUGCUACCGCGCUGCCACGUGGGUGAGCUGCGGAUCCUCUACCAGUUCGGACACCAGCAGAGCGGACAGCAGCUGGAAUGUCGGGAGAAAGACAGUCAUGGCACGUCGGGACGCGUCAAAAGUGAGCCUCCGUCAUCGAGUUAAAUUAAAAUGUGAAUAUGUAAAUAUAGACAGCAGGGUUGGACAGGAACGGUGGCCGGAUAGUUGCUUACCUCGGAGACGCUGGCUCAAUGGCGCCAGUGCAAAUUUCAUAAAUAAUGAAAUCAACACAUUCUUUCUUUUACACAUGCAAAACAACGAAGUAAACAGAAGUGAUAUGUUCUUAAAGGCUUAAAUAAUACAGUGAAAAGACGCUAAAUGUGAAAUCAUUAGAAUUGAUGGUAUUAUAGCAUCAGAAUAUACUGUACGGGGCCAGUACAGGUUCUGACAGGGCAACCACAACUUGGCUCAUGGGGCCACCACUUAAAAAGGAUCGAUGGCAGACCCCGCACAGUUUAUAAAAACUACAGUGAACGCCCACUAUAUUGCAGUUCAUUGUUGAUGCCCCGCUUUUUUGUGGAUUUUUAAGCCAUCGGUUUUUUGUUUUUUCUCUGAAUGGGUUUUUGCAGUCUACAGAUAAGUCUGAAUUUAGAGUUGUGCACCUUCAGUGUAGUCUCACUUUGUCCCGCAACAUGCCGGGCAGCACUGAGGUCUCCUGGAAACGAUGCAGCGUGAUUAAGAGCAAGAAGAAGACAAGGAGGACAAGGACACAGACACAUUUCUUGUGUGUUGUUGACAUACUUGGCAAAUAAAGAUGAUUCUGAAGAAGAGGCAGAGAAGGUCCCCAACUAGUAAUAGUCAUUCCCACAGAGCGAAGAGACUAUGUCUGUGGGUAUCAUUGUAUCCUCUGUAUAUGUUGCUGCUUCAUGUGAUUAACACUUGUUAGCACUUGUUUGAAGGUUUAAAAUGACUGUAACCGCAACGCUAAUUUCAUUACUCCCUCUGUGGCGUUUGACAUUGUGUUAGCAUUAAGGUACCAGACUUGUAAAUGGACAUGGUUUUGGAUGAACAUGGUGCUGCUGUUCAAAUACACAAUGUUUAAUUCUGUUUUGUUUUAUGUGUUAGUUUUACAGUAACUUUAACCUGGGAGUGACAAAUAAACGACUUGAAGCAAG